UAUUUUAAAAAUGUUUCCGUUAGCAGUUGAGAGGUUCGCCUCGCCAUUGUUAAAGAGCGGACAACACAAGUUUGCUGAGGGCUAUAUUUCAGCUUCGACAGAGGUAUUCCUCCUGGUAUUUAGUAAAUAACAGCGGACUGGUAAAGAGCCAAACCAUGGCUCAGCGUGUGCUAAUAUCAGAGAGUGGAAGCAAGAAAGCCUCCCAGGUGAGAGUUGCUGUUCGUCUGCGUCCCUUUAUGGGCCAACACGAUGAGCGAGGCGAGAGGCCUUGUGUGAGAGGUCUGGACUCCCAGAACUUGGAGAUUAUCAACUGGAGGAAUGCAUCUGAAACCGUAAAAUACCGCUUUGACGUGUUCCACGGUGAGCAAACGACACAGCAAGAGGUGUUCCUUUCGUCAGUGAAGCCCAUUCUGCCACACAUCCUGAGGGGGCAGAAUGCUAGUGUCUUUGCCUAUGGGCCAACAGGAGCUGGCAAGACGCAUACCAUGUUGGGGAGUUCAGAGGAGCCGGGCAUGAUUCCUCAUGCCGUUCAAGAAGUUCUCAAUCUGGUCAAUGGUCGAGAUGACGAGGGGUGGGACUACUCCAUUGGCAUGUCUUACUUAGAGAUCUACAACGAGAAGGUGCUCGAUCUAUUGUCACCAAGCUCCCAGGAUUUGCCGAUAAGAGAAGACAAGGACAAGAACAUCCUUAUACCUGGCCUCACUCACACAACAAUCACGUCUUUUUUGGAUUUUGACCGCCAAUUUGUUCAGGCCAGUCUCAAUCGUACCACAGCAUCGACCAAACUGAACGAGCGCUCCAGCCGAAGUCACGCAAUCCUGCUCAUAAAGGUGGUGCGGACUCAGCACGCCCCGCCUCACCGCCAACAAACGGGCAAGCUUUACCUGGUGGACCUGGCUGGCUCCGAAGACAACCGUCGCACCGGCAACCAGGGUAUCCGUCUGAAAGAAAGCGGGGCCAUCAACCUGUCGCUCUUCACACUCAGUAAAGUGGUGGACUCCCUCAACUCGGGAAUCUCCGUGCGCGUUCCCUACAGAGACAGUAAACUGACGCGCCUGCUUCAGGACUCUCUUGGGGGCUCAGCACACUCAGUCAUGAUCACCAACAUUGCCCCCGAGUACAAGUUCUACUUUGAUACCUUCAGCGCGCUCAACUUUGCGGCCAAGUCGAAGCUCAUUGUAAACAAGCCAUUUACGUGUGAGACUGUGGCUGUGCAUCCAGUGAAGCGGGCCCGAGAAGAGCACGAGACGGCGAGCGCUGGCGCCCACGCCCGCAAGAAAAAGCAGAGGGAGGAGAAGAAAACAGAGCAGGAUGCCUCCUCACCUUCAGCUCAUCUUCACAGUCUGUCAGAGCCAUCGGUGAUGGACAGGCUGAUUGCUCUGGAGAAACAGAUUAGCUGCCAGGACAAAGACAAUAUGCUCAAAAAUGUGGCCCAAUCUCGCAAGGAGAUCCAGGAGCUGAAAGAGAAGCAGAAGGAGCUUGAGAGGAAGGCCCUGCUGUUAAGUCGGCUGACUAAAGAAAAGUCAGUGAGUGAGGAGACGGGCAUCCGCAGCAACACGGCUCCUCUGCAGCAAAAACUAGCCGUCACGUCAAAGGUCAAUAGAAAGCAAGCAGUCGUGCAACCCCUGCAGGUGACUCCGCUCCAACCACUCAAUCAGCAGGCGAUCGUUAGGAAGCAGUCAGUCUGCGUCAAGGUGGACAAGGCGCUUUCAGAUCACGUGGAGCUCCCGGAUGACAAAGAAAACAUGGUGGGGAACUGGGAGUCUCGGCUAGACAGGUGCUUCCUGGAACAGUCCAAACGGAAGAUCUUGCAGAUCCUUAACACGGGCUCCCUCAAAGAGCUGAAAGGCCUGCAGCAGAUCGGUGACAAGAAGGCCAAACUCAUCUUGGGCUGGAGGGAGAUCAACGGCAUCUUCUCCAAGCUGGAAGAUCUCGCGAAAGUUGAGGGUAUGACAGAAAAGAGAUUGUCCUCCUUCAUGAAGGCAAACAUCUUAAGUGUGAUUGGAAAGUAAUUUUUUUUUUUUUUGGGGCACAUCAAGCCAUCCAUCCUUUUUUCUACCGCUUGUCCCCUAUAUCAGCUGCACUCGGGCGGAAGGCGGCAUACACCCUGGACAAGUUGUCAUGUACCAUACAGUAAAUAACCACACAAGCUUCAUUUUAAGUUUUUGUUGUUGUAACCCGUGGAUUCCAGGAGAUGGUGCUGCCUCUUCUUUUUAUUAAACGCCUCACAUCCUUGA